AUGGACUCCAACGCGGAGCUGGCGGCUUCGGCCUCUGAGCUCGCAGAGGUUCGCUCCGUUGCCUCCGAGGCCGACUCUGAGAUCAGCAUGGCAACCACAUUGCCCACUCUUGCCAAACCCCACUGGCAUCGCGGAAAGCUGGUCGACAGAAAGUCGAGCGGAAAGCUGGCGUCGAAGUCGAGCAAGCCAAAGCUGGGAGGGAAGGUGGGGGACAAGGCAAAGGCCGCGGCAACAAAGGUGCAGGCGGCAUGGCGGAGGACAUCUCUCGCUGUCUGGCUCAGCAUUCUCGACAAGGCGGCGGGCUCUGAAAAGGCCUUGAAAAAGGUGGCCUUGAUGCUCCAGAACGUGGGCCCGGCCGGCGGUCAGGCGCUAGGCAAGCUCAUUCUCUACCUCUCCGGACCCGGCACCACAGCACUCGCGCGGGCUCGGAAGCGGGCGCUCCUCGGCCUGCUGCGAUCUGGCACGAAGCUCGUCAACUUUGCCCUCAAGACGGUGCUGCCGCGGUUCAUGACGCCGACGCGGAGGCAAGUGCAGAACCAGCUGGCGGCGCUCCACAAUGCCGGGGCUGGCCUCCCGCUGGGGGAAGAGGGCCCCGCUCAGAACUACACCCUCGAGAUCCUCCGCGCUGAUGACGCCGGAAACUUGUGGCGCCGUGUUGAGGGUGCAGAGGGUGGCGAGGCGCGGUACGAGCGGGUCUUCUUCGGCCUGGACGCGCUGACGUCGUCGGUGGCAAAAUGCUUGGGCUCGCCGCGGCCAUGCCCCUUUGACUCGACGCCAGUGCAGCCGCGCGGCUUGAUCAAGCGCACAACGUGCCGCGUCGAAACGAGGCUCGUCAAGCGCGAGAAGGGCGUCUCGAGGAAGGCGGCUCGCGAGCGGCAUCUGGCGAACGCCGACGUGGAUCUGGUCACGGACUGCGCAGACCGCUACCUCGAGCAGAUCUAUUCGCCCCCGGUGGCGCAGGCGCUGCAAAAGGCCAUCCCGCGCCGCGCCAAGUCGAUGCUGGACUUCGAGUACCCUGUCGACUUCCUUCCAAGGGCGAUGCGGGAUGAUCCCGAGGGCGUGAUCUCCCUCGACCUCGACGUCGACAUCGCGGUGCGGUUUGACUCGCCCGAGCCCCUGUUCAACCUCGACAGCACCGGCCUCGGCGACUUCACCAGUGUCGCAAAGGUGCAGAACAACACGCGCUUCGUAUUCUUUAUCCGCGGCCAUCACGGCUUCCCCUCCCUCGGCACCUUUGAGCUGAAGAACUUCAAGCUGGAGGCGCGCGCUCUCGCUUGGUGGGACGUCUUUGACUCCAAGAUCGACCUCGCUUUCACCAAGGAGGACCCACCAAAGGUGUCUUGGGAUAUUGAGAUAUUUGACGGAUGA